CACUAAUAUUUCAACUUCUGUCUCACUGGUUUCCUUUGAAGCGCUUGUUUUACAUUUUAUGUUGUUUGGAAGUGAAAGGACAGAAACAUGUGAAGUGUACGAACUAUUUUCAGCUGCGCUCCGUGAUAUUAUUCACACAUGUCCUGUUAGCUAACAUCACGGCGGACGCUUGUCGCUUAAGUCAGCUGAGCUGCGUGUCAUGGCUCUGGUGUGGUGGUGAACAUGGACACGACCAUUAACUCUUGAGUUCACAGGCAGGAUGUGUGACGGUACUCUGGACUACUUGUUGAGUCGGAGGCAGAUAAGGCGGAGGGACGGUGCUGAGGUGAGAUGGUGUCACGCAGUGAACAGCAGGAGCAGACUGCACGAGACGGUGACAGGUCCCACUCAUAUGAUUGAGGCAGACAUAAUCAUGAGAGGUCAUGACCCCAAAGAGCCAAUCAUGGCACACCCCCCUGACACAGACAGCGACAUCACACUGAAGGAGUGGCUGGAAGCAGUGAAAGAGCACCACAUGGGAAUAAAACUUGACUUUAAGAGCCUGGAGGCAGUGUCUCCAUCUGUGGCUCUGCUGGAGAAAGUGCUGCCUGACCUGAGCCGUCCUGUGUGGAUCAACGCAGAUAUUGUCUCUGGUCCUGGUGGACGGGCCACACCUCUGGACCCUCACGCUUUUCUUUCUGCCGUGACAACUCUCCCCACUCACGCUGUGCUCUCCCUCGGCUGGACGACAGGAUGGACUGCUGGGACAGACAACCCAGGAUACAGCUGGGAUAUGGUGCAUGUGAUUGAGGAGAUAUGUAGAUCCCUGAAACAUCCAGUCACCUUCCCAGUACGUGCAGCUCUCCUGGCCCAGUCGUUCUCUCAGCUCACAUGGCUGCUGCAGCAGUCAGACAGGUACAGUCUAACUGUGUGGACCAGCCAGAGUGACAUAUUUUCACCACAGGACUUAAUGCCCUACAGAAAAAAUGUUGACAUUAGUAGAAUCUACUAUGACCUGCCUGACUGUCAAAGGACAGAGCUCAGUCUGACAGGAGGAGACAAUCACUUAGAAUAACUACACUGCAAACCAAGUUGUUUUCUGAACUCUGACAGACGACUGAUGCCCCCAGGUGGAGAGAGAGGACUGUGAAACUUGGCUCUGUCUAACCAGGGGAGUCAGGACCACUCAAGGAGUUGACUUAAGUCUUAAGACCUUUCCCUCAUGCAUAACUUGGGUUUCUUACCCACUAGAAGUGUGUGGUGGUGCUGCCCUUUGCUCUGUCUUUUAGCUGGGGAAGAGGGGCCAUCUUUGAAUAGUGUGUUUACAAACAGCCACUGACAAAUCCUCCAAAAUGUACCUUUGAGUUACAUUUCUAGUGGCAAUAUCAGAAUCACUCAGGAUCUUAACAAGAGGAACUAAAGUGAAGUAUAUUGAUGACGUCUCUGUUACAAAGUCUGUUUCCCGUCUGACCACACACAGCAAAGUUGAUUUUAGUGACAGGGUCAUGGCGUACCCCUGUACAUCACUGUAGUCACAGGUGACAAGUUUAACCACUGGAGUUGUCAGGGGCAAUUUGGGAUUCAGUAUCUUGCCUAAGGACACUUUGGCAUGUGGAAUGGGGGAGAGAGCGAUCGAACCGCUGAUCUUCUGGUUAGUGGACAACCCGCUCUACUUCCUGAACCAGAGCUGCCUGUAGCAGUAGUGUUUCACUGUUGUAGCUGUUUUAGCUGUAGCUGAUGUAAUGCCUUGAUACUUGGUAUCAAAGCAGUACAUUGGUUUAAUGUGCUGUAUGAAAAUGCACCUAUUUUACAUUGAUAUCAAGUUGAUCUUCAGAUGUAAAAUCUUUAUAUGCAAAGUAAUUAGAAACUGAAGCUGUAAAAUAGAAGUAAUAGUAAGUACAGUGUAUAAAGUAGUGUACAGUGGUGAUUGGGCAGCUGUGGCUCAGGGGGGAGAGUGGUCAUCCUCUUACCAGAAUUUGGUAUUUUGAUCCCAGUCUUGCUCACUCCGCAUGCCAAAGUGUCCUUUGGCAAGAUACUGAACCCAAAAAUUGCCCCUUCUCAUAGACAAAGUACUGCACAUAGAUGCAGUGUAUGAAUGUGUGUGUGAAUUGGGGAAUGGCAAAAACCUGUACUGUAAAGUGCUUUGAGUGGUCAUGAAGGCUAUAAAGGCUCUUUUUAAAUACACAGACCAUUUUUCCAUUUAAAACUAUGGUUAAGAGAUCAAGUGACAAAGUACAAGAGACAAUAUGAAUAGGAAUGUUUUCAAAUGUAGAUUUUUUUUUAUACUUUACAUAUUACAUAGAACCCUAAACAAUGAAGUAAGUAAAUAAGUCCACCAAAUACUGUAUGUGUAUUGUAUCACAUCUGGUUAAUUCAGACUUUACGAAUGCACUUGAGUAGUUCAGAUAAUCCACUCACUAAGACAUUGUAGUGAACAAUGUCAAUGGAAAUGGUAUUUGUCCUCUAACUGGUGUCAAUGAGCUGGAGGGAAAUAUUAGUUUGGAUGAUCUGUGUUGAGCAGAGAUUUGUCAGAUGAUUUUCUAUCAAACUGUGAGGUUGAAGACAUCAGCAGAUGUUAACAGCAUCGUGUUUACAGUGUAUGGAUGUGAGAUGGAUCCUGGGACAAUCCUCUUUUAAUAAAAUAUUUACUCAA